GAUUUUCACGUAACCAAGCUCUUUAAAUGCCUUCGAUUUGUGUUUUGUCUGGCUUGAACGAAUGUCUAUUUUCAUGAGUAGUUGGAGUGGUAUACCGCCGCUACAGCGAUUGCUUCGAUAAAAAGUGUAUUUGAGGAUUACAUGAUUCAGUAAUACAAAGGCUAACAAUAAAACAAUAGUAGCUAAAAGUUAGAGUCAUGGCGUGGAGAUUCAAGGCAUCAAAGUACAAAAAUGCAACUCCUAUUGUGCCAAAGCCUGAAGCAUGCAUCCGUGACAUAUGUGUUGGAUCUUAUCAAACUUAUGGGAAUAAUAUAGCUGCUUCUGCAGCUUUUAUGGCAUUCAACGUUGAUCAUAAUGGUUCUAGUCUGGCUGUUUUACCAUUGGAAGAUUGUGGUAGAAAGAGCAAAACAAUGCCUUUACUCCAUGCACAUGCAGAUACUGUAACUGAUAUAGAUUUCUCUCCCUUUCAUGAUGGACUUUUAGCAACUGGAUCUCAAGAUUGCUUGGUAAAGAUAUGGCACAUUCCUGAAGCUGGUUUGGAAGAAUCUCUGUGUAACCCAGAAUGCACAUUUUCCCAUCGCCAGAGGAGAGUGGAAGUUGUCCACUGGCAUCCUACUGCUGAACAUUUGCUGACAACUGUUUCUUAUACAAAUUUGUCUCUCUGGGAUGUUCUUGCACAGAAAGAAUUAUUCUCCAAUAACGACCAUAAGGAAGUAAUACAAUCAACAAGUUGGAAAUAUGACGGUACUCUACUUGCGACAUCCUGCAAAGAUAAGCAAGUAAGAAUUAUAGAUCCACGAGCUGCAAGAAACAUUGUUCAAGCUGCUUCCAGUCAUCAAAGUAUCAAGGAUUCCAGAAUUGUCUGGCUUGGUAACAGCGACAAGGUGUUGACUACUGGAUUUGAUGCAGCAAGAUUAAGACAAGUUUAUAUUCGCGAUGUGAGAAUGCUCAGUGAUCCGAUUAAAACAUUAGAACUAGACUGUAGCACUGGAAUUUUGAUGCCCCUCUACGAUCCAGACACGAAUAUGCUAUUCCUUGCUGGAAAAGGCGACACAACGAUAUUGUAUAUGGAAGUAACGGACAAGGAUCCAUACUUGGUAGAAGGUAUCCGUCAUAGUGGCGAGCAAACUAAGGGCGUAUGCCUCGUGCCCAAGCGAGCCUUGAACGUAAUGCAGGCCGAAGUUAAUCGUGUAUUACAACUCACCUCAAGUAUGGUCAUUCCGAUAAUGUACCAAGUGCCACGAAAGACUUAUCGAGAUUUCCAUGCGGAUAUCUAUCCUGAGACAGCAGGUUGUGUAGCGCAAAAUACCGCUGUUGCAUGGAUUCAAGGACAUAAUCUCGGCGUUCCCAAGAUCUCACUUGAUCCAGCUAAAAGAACCAAGGGCGAGGAACCAAUCACAGUACACAAAGGCAAUCUAGCAGAUUUGAAGAAUAACCAGCAAGAGGUGAAACUCGAAGUCCGCCAGCAAAAAGCAAUUGCAAUGUCAACACCAAAGGGCUACACAAAGAUGCAGUCCUACAUCAUUCAAGACACGAAUGAUGUGUUACCAGAGAAAAACGAUUACAAUGACGAUAAAGAAGAGUACAAAAAAGCAGAGAUUGAUAAAUUGGAAGACGAGAAAUCAUGCAAAUUGCAGAACGGCACGCAACCAGUGCCACCGAAGCCAUUGCCAAGGUCUUCCCGUGCAAACAGUCUUUCCGACGAAAGCGGCAAAGAUGAACCGAAACCUGUUGCUAGACCAAGAACCACUCAAAGUCCUGGUUCUGUCGUCACUUCCGUUAAUCCCAAUUGUAUUGGAGGAUAUAAGCCUCGUCUAGGACCAAAGCCAUUCCAAGCGAAAUCAGCUAGCCAAGAGUUUUCGUUUGAUAAAAUUUUCUCAGUGCCACAAGCACCAUUAAACGAUAGCAAUGGUCACAGUGAUGUUUAUGAAAAUUUAAAAGACAACGACAACGAUGUUGAUAAAUCACCGACUUACGAAAUCGAGCGUAAAGAUUCUGAAGCUGCCAAGAGUGAUUCUAGUUCGAUCGAGGAAGAUGCCAAUUCUAGCGAUUCGGGUUACAAACCCAAGACACCAAGUACUGCCGAGAGACGCAGACUUUUUGAGAACAAGGUUAAAGACGAAUCACCGGAGAACGAAGAUGCAGGUAAUUUCGAGAGAGGAGGUUCCAAUAGAAACUCCAUCGCCGAAAGACGAAGAUUGUACGAGAACAAGUCUGCAUCGGUGACCGAUGGAAAUCUUGCGGAAAAAGCUGCUUCUUGUUCGCCUACUUCUAUGAAACGCAGAGACUCUUUCAAGAGUAAGAGUGACAUUAUCAAGGAUGAUGAUACAAAGAAGAUUGUUCCCAUGAUUCGACAGCAGAGUGUGCCUGCUGAGAAAAUUGAAAAACCGGAACCAGUUAGCACUCCUACUCCUAAGAGAACGUCCACUGUUUUCGGAAGAGUAUCUAAAUUCAGACAUCUCAAGGGUACACCUGGUCAUAAGUCGACGCAUAUCGAGAACAUUCGUAAUAUCAGUCGUCAAAUUUCUGGCGAGUGUGAUGGAUUUCAUGCUAAUUCUGAUCGCGUGGCAGUACCGUUAAGCGGGCCAGGCGGCAAGAUAGCCGUUUUGGAGUUGAAGAAAACGGGAAGAUUGCCGGAUGGAGUGAUGCCGGCUUUGGUGCAUGGAGCUACUGUUAUGGACUUCCAGUGGGAUCCUUUUGAUAAUCAACGUCUUGCAGUUGCAUGCGAUGAUGGUAUAAUCCGACUCUGGGAAAUUCCAAGCGCUGGCUUGACUGAACCUACCAAUGAGCCACACGAUACAAUCGAAGCUCACGCGGAUAAAAUUUAUUUGAUUAAAUUUCAUCCUCUAGCUGCUGACAUUCUCGCAUCUGCAUCAUAUGACAUGACCGUGAAAAUAUGGGACCUCGCACCCCUUAAAUCCCGAGAAUCAAUUAAAAGUCAGAUUACUUUGCUCGGUCAUACUGAUCAAAUCUUCAGUCUUGCAUGGUCACCUUGUGGCCAAUAUCUUUCUACCACUUGUAAGGAUGGAAAUUUGAGAAUUUAUAAGCCUCGCAGUAGUGAUACUCCUAUUCGAGAGGGUAAAGGACCUGUUGGUACAAGAGGUGCAAGAGUUGUAUGGGCACUCGAUGGACGAUUCUUAGUUGUUAUGGGAUUUGACAAAGUUUCCGAGCGACAGAUAAUGGUUUUCAAAGCUGGUAAUCUUAAUGCACCUUUGAAUACCAUUGGUUUAGAUGUUUCUCCAGCAAUUUUGAUGCCAUUUUACGAUGAAGAUAGCUCUACUUUGUUCCUCACAGGACGGGGAGAUACAACAAUCUACGCGUUCGAAGUAACAGAAGAAGCUCCAUACAUUUGCCCGCUAAGUCAUCAUCGCUGUGCUUCUUUGCAUCAAGGUUUAUCAUUUUUAUCGAAGAAUAAGUGCGACGUUGCAAUCGUUGAAUUCGCGUCAGCUUUGAGAUUGACAAAUAAUACGAUUGAACCUUUGAGCUUCACUGUACCCAGAAUAAAGAGCGAACUUUUCCAAGAUGAUUUGUUCCCACCAACAAAAAUUACAUGGAAAUCAACGAUGACUUCGAACGAAUGGCUCGGGGGAGGUAAUAAGCAGGCGCCGAGGAUUAGUUUGAAACCUCCAGGAAUGGAUAAUUUGACAGAAAGUCAGGGACAAGCGGUCGUAACUGCACCAGUUUCGGUCAAGCAAAACUCAGGAAACAUAUCUACAUCUCAGCCUUAUAAUAGACUGUCUCAAUACCAAUCAAAGUAUAUGGAUAUACAAACUAAAUUGAGCAAUCUGGUGGGCGAUGUAGUGACUGGCCCACUAGAACAAGAUUACAUGGAAGGUGUGGACGAACAUGAAUGGGUACGCUAUGGCAUCUCAGUUUUCCUUAAUUUAAUUCUCACACUUCUUAUCUUUUUCUCAAUUGAUUCUAUGUUGCUUUGCUUUAUUUGCGAUCGUUUAUGAAACCGGAUGAAUAAAUAAUUGCAUUUUGACGGCUGAUUUGUCAAGAAUGAUAAUUUUUUUACGUCGGACGAGAUUUAUUACGUGUAGAGGGGUAUUUGUGCAAAGGUAUGGAAUUGUCCAAAGUUACGUGAAUAAUUAAUGGUUAUGCCAUAAGCAUAAUUCCUAUUUAUUUAUUACAUUGUACACAUAAUUUAGCUGAUCUUUAUUCUUGUAACAUUUAUUGCGCUCUGUUCGUAACUGUGUACGAACAUAAUGAUGCGGAAAAAAUAGCUGAUCUAUUUGUAUUGUAUGUUGAGUGAUACGCAUUCGUUUUUUUAUUUGUAUGAAUUUUAUUAAGUAGCUAAAGAAACGAAAGUUUAAUUGUGCUUAAAAAGAAAACAAAAAAAAAAAGAGAAAGAGAUCAAGUGAUUAGCAAGGAGUUUCCUACAAUAAAAAAAGAAAGCAAACGUGAUGAUAGUUCUAGUCUGGAAACGCGUCUCUUAGGAUCUUUCUAUUAAUGCCUAAUCUAAUACUAACGAUAUAGUAUUAUUAUAUCAAGAGCUAAAUUAUAAGCGAUAAGUUGAUAAGAAAGGUGAGGCAGAAAAAGAAAAAAAAUCAGAAUCACACUCUUAUAAUUGUUCGGUUAUCAGAGAAAUGCGCUGUUGAUAAAGUCUUUUUCUAUAUUGAUGAAGAAUUUUAAUCAGUACAUCCAAAUAUCAUGGAACAGUGGGACAGAUGGAGGAACGUUUUAUAGAACGAGAUACAUAUAUUGAUUUUAAAAAGUACUACCGUUAUAAGAGGAAUAAGAAGCUCAUUUUAUUCUAAGUUUAAACGCACAUUUUUAGGCUAUCUAUUAAACGAAGUAUUAUUGUUAGUGGUAGAGAUACGUGUGAUCAAAUAUUUGUAAUCUAGACGAAGUACUACCAGACAUAAUUAAAAAAAGAACAAAAAAAGGUUCGUUCAUGAUCAUCUUUCAGUAUUUGUGAAAUGUAGACAUUUUAUCGUUUCUUUUUGGGGGAAUAGAAAAAUUGCUAGCUUUGAAAUAGAGAAAAAUAACAGUGUGCAAAGAGUCAAAAUCUAUUUUACACUCGCUAUAAUGACACACUUUUGCUACGACGUAUUUUAUUACGAAUAUGACGAUGUAUAAGUAUACACCUUUUUACACAAUAGUCUUUUGAGAAAAUAAAAAAGUAGUUACCACUUCAAUAGUGUCAUCUGUGCAAACUCGAAGUGCUCUAUAAGGAUAAACAUUUCUGAUAUCUUAUACCGAUUUUCUAUGACGCUAUUAAAUAUAAAACAUACAAAAGUUUCAAGUGCAAUCAAAAAGUCACCUUUUUGGUGCCAAACAAGGAUAAUUUUAAUGAAUUAUUAAACUUGCAUUAACCAUGACUUUAAGGACAACUGCUUCAAUACAUUCCAUUGUGGAACUACUUUUAGAUUUUAGGUAUAAUGUUACCUAAGGUGAGAUUAUAAUGAAGAUUAACAAACAAUAAUUUAAAAUUACGAUGAUACAUCUUAUUCGGUAUUCAUUUUAUGUGGGAAAAACUGAACAGAGUUAGUACUUUUAUAGCGCAAAUGUUUUUACAAAUGAUGAAAAAAAUGAUGUAAGCGGGUUUUGAUAAUUAACUGCAAAAAGAGAUCACAUCAAUGAGAUUAUGAUGUAGUUAGAUCUUUGUAACAAUAUUAUAUCUUAUAUGUAAUUCUCUUAUAAAAAAAGUA